AUUGGCGACCUUGAGCUAAAGUUGUAUUGUCCGGCAAUCUCGUCGCCUCUAAAUUUCCCACAAACAUUUGACCACUUGCCGCACCUCUGGGACCUCAAGAAAUAGGUGCGAUGCCGUAUUAUCUUCUCUGGAAUAAACAGCACUACGUGUAAAGGGCCCUGGUAGAAAUGCGUCCUGCCGACACGGUUUAUCACUCAGAGUGAUGAUGAUGAGUAAUCAUACCGACUAAACAUCCAUGUGGUGCAAAACUUUCGCCGUCAGCUACGCAUAAAAGGCCAGUUAUGCGGAGUUUGGAUACUAAAGGGACCCUCCUUGUGGCCCCGCUUUUACACAACAGCUCAUGCACCAAGGCGCACAAUCAUGUGACCGCGGGCAGCGUCGUCCAAGCGGCAUUCAUCCUACUGCUCUCCGCUGGCAUCUUCCUGGCCAAUCUCCUCGUCAUCCUGGUCGUCAACAGCCGCAGAUAUUCCAAAUACAUUCAUCAACAGCCUCGUUACCUCCUUACGUCGUUAGCGAGUAACGACCUGGCCAUCGGCGUGCUCGUAACUCCUUUCGGAUUCCUCCCGGCGCUGUUCCGCUGCUGGCCCUACAGCGAGACCCUCUGCCAAAUCCAGGUAAUUUCCGGUUUUACGAUUGUGAUUUCCCCCAGGGGAAAAUAUAUUCCAGGAGUGGGAUCAGAUGACAUCGUCAUUAACAUAAACUCAGAUUGAUAAGCCUCACGGACCGGCAUGUGGAGGGAAUUCGUGGUGGAUGAACGUUUUAGCUCAAUCUUGUUCUCUAGUGCACAUAGAGUUCUGCUUAUAGACUUUACAACUGUGAAUCAAGUCAAUAUAAAGAGAGAU